AUGGAAGAGCGACAACGCAGCAGACGCAGCUCGUAUCACAUUCCCGGACAAAGAUUUCGACCCAGAGAUAUGGAGACCGGUAUGGAUGCGAGAGACAGUUCGAAUGCGAGCGUCGCAGUGCCAGAACCCAUCGUGGCGCGACUGAUUUCCCAGCUUCGCCCUCGUAAGCUCAUCGUGCAUCACUCUGAUAUCAACGACUAUGGUCCCACCGGCUCCAAGACGUGGAAAUUGGACCGCGAAGAGCUUGAUGCUUUCAAAGUUGACUUCGCCGAGGAGAGCUUCUCAGAGCUGUGUGACCAACCGCUGCCGCCGCAGCUCGACCUUCGCAACAAUCCCUGGGCCGAACUCACCCGCGAUCAGUUACGGCAGUACUUUGACUUUGAACCCAAGCGUGCGAUUUUGCGUGGAUUGAGCCUAAGUAUCGCGGAUCAGCCGUCCAAAAAGGGCCGGAUCAUAUACGAUCGGUCGGGAAAUGCGGACAUGACAUGGGCUCAAGCGCUGCAGUUCAUUGAAGAUCAGGAUCCCGAAACUACCAUCAUGCUCAACGUCGCAGUCCAGUUUCCGGACGAGAAUGACCCCCUCGACACGAUUCAGUUCAACGACAUGGAGAGUGGUGUUGAUAUGGAUGCCGACUCUGGGAUCAGAGUGGCCAUGGGUGGUGACUUUGUCGGUCCAGGUGAGGAAGCGGUCCUGCACCCCGAUUUCGUUCCGCCAGUGGAACUUCCAACAGCCCCGGAGGUCGACCCGGAGGAGCGCCAGCGGCUGAAGGAAGCAAGAGAAGAGCACGCCACCGAGGUCCACAACCUCCUCCACAACAACAAUCGGACCAUUCGCAAUAUCCCACAGCCUGCGAACUUGAGGCGUCACAAGGACGAUGCAAUAAACCGAAAACUAGUCGAGGAUUACUACGGACGCAAAUGGAAGUACGGAGACCUUCCGAAAGUCAACGAUCCUGCUUUCGAAAAGCAUCAAUCGGACGUGAUUGAUGAGGUCCUGCUGCAGUUCCCAACGCCAAAGCACGCCAAGGUCAAGGACAAGUUCCACGAGGAGGUGGAUCCGGCGGAUCUCCGAGCGCUGAUCGCCAGGAGCAAGAAAAUGACCCCUGCCAACCGUAACGAGGCAGAGACAUUCCUCGCUAGCAUGACGUCGGACGCCGACACUGAUCGAUCGAUGUCAGGUGGCAGCGGCGGCGGGCCACCACUCACACAAGCAGACUUCCAACAGACCCGAACUACGUCUACUGGGGUCGGAAAGCUCGGCAAACAGCUUCGACUCGAGCGUGCUGAAGGCGACAAUUCCAUCAAAGCAGAAGCAUACAACUCUGGUGGAGAGGUCGACGACGCCGAAUCGUUGCGGUCAACCGCGAAGGAUCCGUUCAAGCCACAGCUCAAGCGUGCUGGAGAAGACGUCUCUGCACUGGAAGUCGAAACAUGCAAGUCUGGCGCAAAGGUCGACGAAGGCGAGGAGGAGGAGUCAGGAUGGACACGGGAGUUCAACAAGGCAAGGGCUAAGUCACAGGUGCUGUUCGAGGAGCAAGCCGAGUCUCAACGCUCGCGCCGCAACUUCUAG